UGUUAAAUGAUCGAAGAUAAUCAAUUGACAUCUGACUUAUUUCAUUGGCCAGAGUGUUAAAUUAGGGAGAUAAUCUGUUUCAUACAUUUUAUUUGACAGUCAUAAAACAAUAGUAACUAUAUAAAAUUUCAAAGAAAAUCUGUAUUUGCAAGAAAACAUUUUAGUAUAGAAAAUGAAUAAUUCUACAGGCAAUUUCCAAUCAUUUAUCAAAUCAGAUUACGUCUCACUUGUAUUUAGUUUAGUUUCAAUUGUAAUCGUCACUAGUGGCAACGGAUUGCUAGUUGUAGCCAUAGUUAAGAAAAAACUUCUGCACACUCCCACGCAUAUCUUGAUUGUAAUUGUAGCAGCGAGUGACUUUUUCACAGGAAGUGUUGGAAUACCCGUGCAUAUUGUUGGACAGUAUUUCAACAAGAAAUAUUGUACAAUUUCAUUUUGUGCAACGUAUUUGUCAACUUAUAUAUCUAACAUUAUUGUUUUGAUGAUAGCAGUUGAAAGAUACGUUUCAAUUUUGCAUCCAUUUUCUUAUGAGAGAUUUGUCAGUGUGAAAAAAGCAGCAUAUGUGGCUUUAGGUGCGUGCCUCAUACCAGUAUUUCAUUUGAUCUAUAUUCCAAUAUUUUAUACUUCAUUAUCUGGUAUUGCAAUUUGGGAAAAUACGGAUGGCAUGCAGUGUCUUGUGACGGAGGUAUGUCCAAAAAUAUUUUGCCGCAUAUUCUUCAUUGAAACAAUUCUGAUUGGUACAUUCAUAAUCGUGAUUUAUAUGAAGAUAUUAGUGGUUGUACGGAGACAGCUUAAAGCUAUAGCCACAUUGGAAAUAUCUUGUGCUGAAACUGGAACCCAAGUUACCCAAGAACAGAAAGCUAAUAAAAAAGCAUUACAGAAGACACUGUUCUUGGGAUUCUUGGCAUUUUUCCUUAUUUUAUCCUGGCUGCCGUACACAAUAGUAGCUAUAUUGGAUUAUGAAAAGGUUACAAUUCCAGGCACUGUAUGGUACAUUGUUUUGUUGAUAGCUUUCUCCAAUCCAGUUGUCAACCCUAUCUUAUAUGGCAUACAUCAACGGGUGUACUUGGACGCAGUAAAAGGGUUGUGUAGGAGGAAUAGUCCUGAGAACCAAGAUAUAGGCCUAUCAUAAUGUACAUACUAGAGAAAAUCUAAUCUGAUUAACGCUAAUCGAGAUGAGAUUUAACUGUAGGAUUCAUAAUGAUGAAAUAAGUUGUGUUUUAGACAUUUAAUGACUCAUUAUCCCAAACGAAUGUUAAUCGUUAGGGACCCUGCGCUCAGAGUCUAAAAUUGUAUAUGCCUAAGAGACAUAUGGAUCUGCCAAGAGUGAGUUUUCAAGGUAAUUGCUGAAUUCAAUAUGAACGUCUCAUUUCGUUAAAGUAUAGCUUGAUAACUCAAAUACCAAUUGUCAGAUCGAUUUGGUUCAGAAGUUAUGUGCCUUUGCCUCAUAGAUGACAAGCAAUUUGAUAAAUAUGUUUUGUUUUGCUGAAUUAGCGUUUUGAUGCUACUCUUGGGA